AUGUCUAGUCCGGUAUAUCUGGGCUUUGACUUGUCAACGCAGCAACUGAAAGGCUUAGCCGUGUCCUCAGACCUCAAAUCCGUAGGGCAAGCAACAUUCGACUUUGACAAAGAUGCCCAAGGUUUUAAAAUACGCAAAGGUGUGCUCACAAAUGAGGCUGAGAAAGAGGUCUUUGCACCGGUUGCCAUGUGGCUGCAAGCUUUAGAUACGGUUCUAACAAGGCUAAAAGACGGAGGGUUGAAUUUGAGCCGUGUGAAGGGUAUCAGUGGCGCUGGUAUGCAGCAUGGGAGUGUAUUUUGGAACGCGGAUGCUGAGUCGUUACUAAAAUCUUUGGAUCCUGCAGAGACACUCGAGGUCCAGCUCGAUGGUGCUCUGGCUCACCCUUUUAGUCCCAACUGGCAAGACGCGAGUACACAGAAAGAAUGCGACGAGUUUGACCGUGCUCUAGGCUCUCCUGCAGAUUUGGCCAAGGCAACUGGUAGUAAAGCACACCAUCGAUUUACAGGCCCACAGAUCCUUCGUUUUCAAAGAAAAUACCCAGAAAAAUACCAAAAGACUGCCCGAAUCACUUUAGUAUCGUCAUGGCUAGCCUCGAUCUUUCUAGGCAAAUUUGCGCCAUUCGAUAUCUCAGACGUUUGUGGUAUGAAUUUGUGGGACAUUAAUGCAGGCACAUGGAAUGAGAAAGUCCUUGAGCUGACCUCUGGCACAUUCGGUAUCGAGACUCUGAAGCAGAAGCUUGGUGGAUCUGUUCCACAAGAUGGUGGUGCUCACUUUGGCAAUAUCUCCUCCUACUUUGUCGAACGCUUCGGCUUCUCACCUGAUUGCGAGAUCAUAGCCUCAACGGGCGACAAUCCAUCCACUAUCCUCGCACUUCCUCUACAACCCAACGACGCCAUCGUAUCGCUCGGCACGUCCUCCACCUUCCUCAUGUCAACAUCAGAAUACCUCCCCGAUCCAUCAACACAUUUUUUCAACCACCCAACCACAGCCGGCCUAUACAUGUUUAUGCUCUGCUACAAAAACGGCGGCCUAGCCCGUGAACAAGUCCGUGACCUCAUCAAUCAGACCACACGCCCACAAGACACCGGUUCCACCUCCUGGGACGACUUCGACAAAUACCUCCUCUCAACCCCUCCACUAGCCCAACAAGACGAAACCCAGCCCUUCCAACUAGGCAUCUACUUCCCCCGUCCAGAAAUUGUCCCCAACCUCCCCGAAGGCCAAUGGCACUUCCAAUACGAUCCCAAAACAGACACCUUAACCGAAACAGCCAAGACCCCCAACCACCCCUACGACUCCGCCCGCAUCAUCGUCGAAUCUCAACUCCUCUCCAUGCGCCUCCGCGCCAAAGACCUCGUCCGCUCACCAGACUCCGAAAACUCCCUCCUCCCCCCACAACCCCGCAGAAUCUAUCUCGUCGGCGGCGCCAGCCGUAACCGCGCCAUAGCCAAAGUGGCCGGCCAAGUCCUCGGCGGCGGCGAGGGUGUCUUCAAGCUCGACCUUGGUGAGAACGCGUGCGCGCUCGGUGCGGCGUAUAAAGCCGUUUGGGCGUGUGAGAGAUCUGCCGGCCAGAGUUUCGAGGAACUGAUCGGGAGUAGGUGGGAUGAGAGGGAUUUUGUGGAGAGGGUGGCGGACGGGUAUGAUGAGGAGACGUAUGAGAGGUAUGGGAGGGCUUUGAAGGGGUUUGAGGCUAUGGAGAGGGAGUUGCUUGCUAAGCAUUUGACUUGA